AUGUCCAAAGGCAAAAAAUUUAUCGGGCGUGAAAGAGGGCCCCAAAAAACUCCGAAUGAAGUAAGGUACUCUCAAAAAGGACCAGCGAACAAUGGAGGCCGUCCGGGUGGUGAUAAUCAUGACAAUCCCAUAUCAAAGCGGGAUCUGAAGAUGCUAGCCGUGAAACUGCUAGAAACGCGGUCCAGUUUACCAGUUUUUAAAUACAGAGACUCUAUCAUGGAGCAUAUUGAUUCAAAUCAAGUCACAAUUUUGAUUGGUGAGACUGGGUCAGGAAAGUCUACACAAAUCCCCCAGUUCCUGUUGGAGCGGCUAGGUCAAAGCCACAAUAUGACGCGCAUAGGUGUUACUCAACCGAGGAGAGUUGCUGCAAUUAACCUGGCCACUCGUGUGGCAGAGGAAUACGGAUGCCGUUUAGGAGAUCGGGUCGGAUACUCUGUACGUUUCGACAACAAGAGCAGUGCCAGAACCAGGCUUAAAUAUCUCACAGAUGGUAUGUUGCUACGUGAAAUUAUGCUUGAUAGAAACUUAUCUGCCUAUACAUGUAUUAUCAUCGAUGAAGCUCACGAAAGAACUAUUUUAACCGAUUUGAUUCUGGGAUUUUUGAAAGAAUUGAUAAUCGGCUCCCGACCAGAUCUCAAAGUGAUUGUUAUGUCAGCUACACUUCAAGCAGAAAAAUUUAGCCGCUUUUUCAAUGGAGCGCCCAUACUUUUCGUUGAGGGGAGAAAGUUUCCAGUACAAAGACAUUAUUUGAGAGAGCCCUGUGACGAUAUUGUCGAUACUGUCGUACGCUGUUGUGUCCAGAUAAAUCAAGGUGAGCAAUUAGGAGACAUAUUGUGCUUCAUGCCCGGCCAGGAGGAAAUCGAUAAGGCAGUCGCUGUCAUGAACAAGAUCAGCGAGCACCUUGGAACUUCCGUACCCAAACUAACAUCAUUUCCUCUUUACGCAGCUUUACCGCCCUCAGACCAAGCGAAAGUAUUUGUUCCUCUGAAAGGGUUCAAAAGGAAAGUGGUUUUCUCAACCAACCUUGCUGAAACUUCGGUCACAAUCUCUGGUGUAAAGUUCGUCGUCGAUUCGGGCCUUCGCAAGGUUAAGGUAUGGCGCCAUCAACUAGGCCUUGCAACGCUAUUGACGGUACCUAUUUCAAGAGCUAGUGCUUCCCAAAGGACGGGUCGUGCUGGUAGAGAAAGCGCGGGUAAGUGUUACCGACUUUACAGAGAAGAAGACUUUCAUAAGCUCCCCACGCAAACGGAACCUGAAAUAGCACGAAGUGAAAUAACAUCGCCCGUUCUUGCUUUGAAGCAAAUUGGAGUUCAGGAUAUAGUGAACUGGUCAUGGUUAGAAAAUCCUGGUAAGGAAGCGACCUUACUUGCAUUACAAGAGCUCCAUCAGUUGAAGGCCUUAAAUGAUGCUGGUAAAAUCACCAGAAAGGGCGAACAAAUGGCUCUCUUACCUUUAGCACCACACUUAAGCUGCGUAUUAUUGAUGGCGCAAGAAUCGGGCUGUCUUUUACCGGUUAUUGAUAUUGUAUCAUGUCUCAGUGUCGAAAACCUACUCCUCAAUCCAACACCCGAACAACGAGACGAAAUCAAUGAAAAGCGUUUCUCAAUCGCAACUAGAGGCUCAAAGUUUGGUGAUCUGGUUAUGAUGAAAGAGUUUUACGAUGCCUAUGUUUCUUUGCCUACUUCUACCGAAAAGGAUGAUUGGUGUAAAGACCUUUGUAUAUCCAAAAGAGGGUUUAAAAAUGUGAUAAAGGUCCGGGCCCAGCUCAUAUCUUAUAUGGAAAAGCUGACCAAUACAACGGUUGAAAGCCUGGAUGAAACGGCAUCUCGUGAGACCUUUGAUAUCAAGGCUGUCAUCCAAUGCUUCCUGGCUGGAUUUGUGAAAAAUACAGCCAUAGGGAUGCCGGAUAGAUCGUUUCGCACAAGUACCACUGGUGAGACCAUUUCUGUCCAUCCUUCUUCUAUGUUAUUCAUGGACAGAGGUUGUCCAGCCAUCCUGUACACGGAGUACAUAUUCACAACGAAAGGCUACGCUAGAAAUGUGAGUAGAAUCGAAUUAGCUUGGCUACAAGAGAUAGUCGGAAUGUCGAGUGCAAAAAUAAGUGCCAAAUAA